AUGUUAUUAUCAGUGCAAAAUGUUAUGGUGAAGAAUUUGCGAGUACUUACAUUGGUCAUGUUAUACUGUCGAAGAUGGCGACAAGAAACAUUUGGUUUAUCAGAAAGACGAUUUUGUGCGCUAAUAUUAUCAUUUAUGAUAGGAGCAGGUACACAUCAAUUAUAUUUAAAAUGGCAACAACCUAUUCUCCCUUCACCUCCAUAUUAUUCAUUUACUGUGAUAGCACUUGUUGUUGAGUUUAUUUGUCCAAAAGUUGAGAAAAAUCGUCGAAAAUUCUUACUUUAUCCAAUAGGUCUUGCAACAUUGUUAUGUAUUGCGUAUGGUAUUAUUUAUCAGCAAUUUGAUUUCAUUUAUUUAUUUUCAACAAUUGUCGCUGUUGGCUUUACAUUUAAAAAUUUGCAAGGAUUAUUAGGAAAAGGCUGUUAUCGAAGUGAUCAUGAAAUAGCACACGACCAUAUAACACUUCCAAUAAAUUCCAUGUAUAAUCAGCUCAUAUGCACCAUACUUUUUGGCACUUAUAUGCCUGAUCGAGCACCACAUGAAGCCAUUCCUGAUACCUUUGAAGAAGAGUACACAAUGAUUACGCACUAA